AUGGCUCCUGGACUACGUGCGUUGUUCCACCAAGAGCGGUUCUAUCUGGACACACUUACCAACGCAAAGCAGUUUGUGGAGGGUUACAAAGAGGCUCAGCACAGUGGACAAUUAGCGGGGUGGAAGCAACGAAUCGAUGGUCUUGAUGACAAAUUUCAUGCUAAUCGUCUUGCCAUCGAACUGUCGCUGGACGAUGAUGAGGAUAAGUCCAAAUCAGACAAGGUGACGGCGAAGCCCGAGGAUGCCGCUGCGCAAGCUAAAGAGGACGCUGACAAGGAUGCCGCUGAAGAAAGCAAUCGACUUAUACGCAAGAAAUUCGAACUGGACUACGUUCUUGUGUACAGCUUCCUGGUCAACGAAAUCCAGAAACAAACCGUGGCUCCCCAAGCUGAAGUCAACCCUGUCUCACCUGGACGCUCGCGUGUCAAGCUUCCUGACAUCACCCUUCCCAUGUUUAAUGGUUCGAUCUUGGAAUGGAUCACAUUUCGUGAUUCAUUCAAAUCUUUAAUUCACUCCAACGCCGACCUGUCGCCUUUCGAUAAAUUCAUGUACCUAGUGGGAUCGAUGACGCCGAAGGCGAGGGAGAGGAUUGACAACAUCGAUGUUAGUGCUGCUAACUAUCCACUCGCCUGGCAGGCAUUGGAAGAUUUGUUUGAAAACAAGAAGCUUAUCUUCAAGGCGUACAUGGAUGUUCUCUUUGCGAUCGAGCCGAUGCGUAAGGAAUGUUACGAGUCCCUGGCGCAGCUAGUCGACGGCUUCGAGCGGAACCUGAACAUGAUCAAGAAGUUGGACAUCUCAACGGACGGCUGGGGCGCUGUUCUGGGUCACAUGGUGUGCAGCCGGCUUGAUCCUUCUACAUUGAAACAGUGGGAAUCACACUAUCGUUCCACUGACGUUCCGGACUACAAGGAGUUGAUGGCGUUCUUAAAGGGUCACCUCUCCGUUCUCCAGUCGCUGCCUACAAAGUCGUCGUCGGAGUAUCACAAGCAAGAACAGCGGCCGCUGAAAUCGAAGACCGUCCACGCAGUCACUAGUCCAGCGACCGGCUUGUGCCCGUUCUGCUCCAAGUCCACGCACUCUGCGUUUAAAUGCGAAGUCUUCCAAGGGUUGCCAGUCCCGCAACGAUUUGACCUUGUGAAGAAGAAGAAUCUGUGCAUAAAUUGCUUGUCGUCGGAGCACAUGGUUCGCAAUUGCUCGUCAGGCACCUGCAGGGUCAACAAGUGCCAUCAAAAACACCACACCAUGCUCCACCUAUCAGCGGACGAUCGCCCAACGAAUCCCAACAAACCAGUUGUCUCUCGCUCACAUCCGCCCUUGUCGGAAAGCCCGCCGAACCCGUCCUCCUCGCAGUCGUCGCCCCCUCUCCCCUCGGUAUCCCAACCGCCCUCUGCCACAAGCCUCGUGUCCACCAACUCGCCCGGAGCCCCUCGAGUUCCUGCCACCGUGCUGCUCCAGACGGCUAUCGUUAAGGUACUCGACUUCCACGGACAUCACCAGUGGGCACGAGUCCUACUCGAUCCAGCGUCGCAGCUGAACCUGAUCACCGAGAACAUCGUGCAGAAGCUGAAACUACGCCGUUACAAGUGUCACCAAGCAAUCGGAGGAGUCGGAAACUCGAUGGUGACAUCGUCGCACGCUGUCCACGUUCAGAUUGGGUCACACUGCUCGGACUUCAAGUCCGUUCAAUCGUUCCACAUUCUGAAAAGGAUCACCCAAGAUCUACCUACCAGAACUUUCGACCCAACAUCGUGGAAACUUCCGACAAACAUCACCCUAGCAGAUCCCAAAUUCUUCGAACCAAGCUCAAUCGAUCUACUCCUCGGCAUGGAACUCUACUACGACCUGCUACUAGACGGGUUCACCAAGCUGGGACCUGAGAAACCGAUUCUUCAGAACACAGUCUUCGGCUGGGUUGCCUCUGGGAAAAUUGGAUCUGGCCAGGCGGAAGGAGCGCUGAAGAUGGCUCAUGUGUGCAGUGACCAGUCUCUGGAUCAACUUCUUAACCGCUUUUGGGAAGUAGAAUCCUGUUGGUCAGCAAGCACUCAGUCGAUGGAAGAAGUCGCGUGCGAGGAACACUUCGUUGGAAAUACCUAUCGAGACGAGUCAGGUCGGUUUGUAGUCACCCUUCCGAAACAACCAUCCGUCCUGAACCAACUAGGAGACUCGAAGAAAAUUGCCACAAGACGAUUUCUUGCCUUGGAACGUCGUCUCAAUGCAAACCCUCAAUUGAAACAAGUCUAUACCAAUUUCAUUGAGGAGUAUCAUCAGCUGGGGCACAUGCGCGAAGUUGAAGAUGUCAGCUCCCAUCCAGCUGGUCCGUCGUACUACUUACCACACCACGGAGUUGAAAAGGCGGACAGCACCACUACAAAACUACGAGUUGUAUUCGACGCCUCCUGUCGGACGGACAGUGGAGUCGCGUUGAACCAGGCACUGAUGGUCGGAUCAGUGGUCCAAGACGACCUUUCGCCAUACAUCUUCGUUUUCGUAUGA